UUCGGGGGGAUACCCAUCUUGACUUGAGCGACUCUUUGUCUGUUUAUUUUCUCGGAGCUGCAGACUCAGCUCGUUUUUCCAGGUUCGGAUUCAGCAGCUAAAAGUUGGAGCUUUUAAGUCAGUCUAUCUGAGGGGUUCACCCCAAAGUUUACUUUCCAGACAAAACAGGAACAAACGAACUUAAAGGCCGAACCGGAACAAUUUCCGGAUCUAACCGGGUUAAAGUUAAAAUUCGCCGUCGGUUCACACAGGACAGCAGCAGACAGAGGUCACCUGGACAGAUGAUGGCGAAUCCUCUGAGGGCGGAGGUGGUUCGGCUCUACAAGAACCUCCUCUACCUCGGCCGGGAGUACCCCAAGGGUGCCGACUACUUCAGGGACCGGCUGAGAGCGGCGUUCACCAAGAACAAGUCAGUCCAGGACCCGGAGCAGAUCAAGGCCAUGAUCGCCCGUGGGGAGUACGUGGCCCGGGAGCUGGAGGCGCUCUACUACCUGAGGAAGUACAGAGCGCUGAAGAAGCGUUACUACGAGGAGUGAAAAAAAAAAUGCUCUGCAGACUCACAAACGAGAGAAACAUUCGAUUCGGUGUAAAAACAACGCAGCAAACCGGCAGCAGCUUCAACGGUUCCAGCAAAGUUUAAUCAGAGAAACAUGGAGGGAAUAAAAACAACAACUAAAAACUAA